GCUGGUACCAUGUACACAAUAUUUUCAAAUACAUUGGGGAUAGGGUCAUCAGCUAUCCACGAGUAAAUCUCUCGAUAAUUUUUUCUGUCGUCGGAGUGCAAUGGAAGACUUAAUGAAUGAUGGAAAUUCUGCCCCAGAGGUGGAUCCGGCUGCCGAAUUUCUUGCCCGAGAGCAAGAUGAACUUGCAGGGUUGGAAGACGAUAACUUCGUCAGUGGGGAUCCGGCGCCAGCAACAGACCCGGUCGUACAAUCGGGAGGCUUACUUGGUGAUGACUUAGGAAGUUUUGAAGCAGCUCCUGUCAUGCAGGAUGGAAGUGAGGCUCAACUUAAUGGUCCAUCUGACACCUACACAUCAAUCUCACAGGCAGACAGGCUCGCUAACGAACCGGAGAAGAUCAGGAAAUGGAGAGAAGAACAGAAAGAAAUGUUGGAAAAGAAAGAUGCCGAAGCGGAGAAAUUACAGAAUGAGUGGAAAGAGAUUGCCAAGAAAGAAGUUGUUGAAUGGAAUGCACGACAAGCUGAACAGUUCACCAAGACCCAAUCUUCCAACAGGGCUGCUGAGAAAGCAUUCAUCGAGGAGCGAGAUGAGGUCACCCCCGGCCAGGAAUGGGAACGGAUUGCUCGCCUGUGUGACUUUAACCCAAAGAACAACAAGAACUGUAAAGAUGUCACGCGACUCCGGUCCAUACUGCUCCAUCUCAAGCAAACAGGAAUGGCCAAAUAAAAUGGUCAAAAGGGGAGGGGGGGAAAUGUUUUAGAAUUGUGAGUCAUAAAUGUAUAGUAGUCACACACACAAAUUCCAUUUCCUGGGGCACUUCAGUAUUUUUCUACCCACCUUUUUUCUAUUAGAGCCUUAAAAAAAGUUCAUCAUUCGCAAUGCCAAACCUGAAGGGAUGGGGAAUUUGUAGUUUAGGAUAGGACCAAGUUUCCGUCUUGGUUCGGCCGCACACACUCUGAGCAUGGCAAGCGUUGUGCCACAAGCGUUGGGAAUUUUUGUAAGGUUAUCAAGUCAAAAUUACGACCAAGGCUUUGCCAGGUACAAAGAUGAUCAUAAGUUUUGAAUGUUUUGAUGUUUGUUGCAUGCAUGGAAAAUGGAGAUUUUACAUUGACCUGGUUUCGUUGCAUGUACUCCAAGAGAAGAUUUCUUCAACGUUUUGUUAAGAUAUCUGGCAUGACAUCUGACAUGUCACAUGUGUCGCUGAUGUGUUGUGGUCUUAGGUUUCAGGUGUCAUUUUAUCAUUUGGCAGUUUAUUCUAGAAGGAAAAACUUACAAACAAAAGCUUAGAAGGAGAAACAUAGAAAAGAAAGCAGUCACAGAGUUGUCUUCAAUUUGACAGAUCUUUCCUUUGGAGAAAUGAAAAUUCCUCCAGUGCCACCAUCUGUCCCCUCAUGCCCUCCCAAGAAGUCAUGAUGUGUACCAUUCCAGUACGGUAGACCAAUAAUUUGUCUAUGAUAGUGUGGACCUGAAUGUGUUGUAUAUGUUUGAUAGCUGAAAAGGAGUCCAUGUAUCUUUAGGUGAAGGAAGAUGGAAGAACACGUUUGUGCCAGAUUUAGUAACAGGUUGACAGAAUGGGCUUUGUGUUUGAUAGUCGGGAAAUAUUGAGAGGAAAUUGGACACCAUUUGUGUAAUUUGAAAUUUGUAGUGUAGGAUAUUACUUUAAAUUGUCAGUUGAGUUACUUAUGAGAGAAGUUAGCAAGACCCCACAUGUACAUGUUUUUCUCACCCGAGUAGUCUCAGGGGAGGAGACAGUGCGAGUGGAACUGAUAUCAUAGCCAGAUGCUGUAUCUUCUUGUUGGGUCUCACAGGAACUGUAACCAAGUUCAUUCUGAGACAAGCAGGCUGAGGUCAUGAUAAUUGAAAGGUCAUACUGCCAAAAUAGACAUCACUUCUCAGACUGCAGUACGUAGAGGAAUUUUAAGACGAUCCCCAGCUCUGCUCGGUAAAAAAGAGAAGUGAAUGGGAAAUGAUGUACAGAACUGUUUGGUUUGACUUGCAGUUCCAGUUUUGGUACAACUGUUCUUAUCAACAUGCUUAAAUACUGUUGUCUUCAAUUUUUGGAGAGCCACCAAAUAAUUCUCUGCCCCAGUCGAUUUUUUAAAAAUUAUUUGCAUUGGAAAUAGAACACUGUAGUUGAGGUUGGACCUCUCUCAUCCAAAGAGGGCACAUUUCAUGUCCUUGGUUAGGAGUCACCUUCUUAUUGCUUUUACAAUAUUGUGCUGUGUGUUCACUUUGAAAUAUAAGCAAGUUCUGCCCAUGAAACUAUGCUUUACUGUUUUAGCAUGUGUAAGAUCCUAGUAUCCAUCCUUUUGUUUUCCCCAUUGUAACUGUAACAAAUUAGCAUACACCUUAAGUUAGCUUGGCCGUUACUGAUAUGUGUACUUGACCAACAUUUUGAAAUCCAGUCUCUCAAAACUUAACAUUCAAUGUUGGAGUUUGUUUUCCGCAAUCUAUAUGUUAUGCUUUCCAUUACAGUUGAUUCACAACAGUGUGCCUCCAAGAGUUUGUAACACGUUGGCCAAAUUGUUAUGUACGAAAUCUUUCGACCCUACGCGCAUUUGGAAAGGGUCAACAGAUUUCGUGCGUUGUGAUUGGUGAACGCGUUGCAAACUCUUGGAGGCGCACUAUUGUGAAUCGCCCGCAUUGGUUCUGAAACUGUUGAUUAUAUCAUCUGUGAAAUUAUCAUGAAAUAAUAAAUGAAUUUGUACAGAUGCCGGCUAUUCAUGUAGUGUUACAGCUUCACUAAAUUCAUAACUCAGCCUUGUAGUGUCUACUGCAGUAAUAUACCCCCUUGUGUUUUGAUUGGUAAUCAUAUUUUUGUGAUAUUGUAUAACAAUGUAUGGAUACUUGUUUAGUAUUAAAUGCUCCAUGAAUAUUAUUCCAGGAAAUGAU